AAUCCGGGUCCCUAAGGCUGGAGACCGGGUCCACAAAGACGAGUGCGCCUUCUCUUUCGACACACCGGAAUCUGAGGGUGGCCUCUACAUCUGCAUGAACACAUUCCUGGGCUUCGGGAAGCAGUAUGUGGAGAGACAUUUUAACAAGACGGGCCAGCGAGUCUACUUGCACCUCCGGCGGACCCGGCGCUUGAAAGAGGAGGAUGCUACCUCAGGCACUGGAGACCCUCCACGAAAGAAGCCCACCCGUCUGGCUAUUGGUGUCGAAGGCGGGUUUGACCUUAGCGAUGAGAAGUUUGAAUACGAUGAGGACGUAAAGAUUGUCAUUUUGCCGGAUUACCUGGAGAUUGCGCGAGAUGGGUUGGGGGGACUGCCUGACUUUGUCAGAGAUCGGGUGACCAGUGCGGUGGAGGCACUACUGUCGGCCGACUCAGCCUCCCGCAAGCAGGAAGUGCAGGCCUGGGAUGGGGAAGUACGGCAGGUGUCUAAGCAUGCCUUCAACCUCAAGCAGCUGGACAACCCUGCUCGAAUCCCUCCCUGUGGCUGGAAGUGCUCCAAGUGUGACAUGAGAGAGAACCUAUGGCUCAACCUGACAGAUGGCUCCAUCCUCUGUGGCCGACGCUACUUCGAUGGCAGUGGGGGCAACAACCAUGCUGUGGAGCACUUCAGGGAGACAGGCUACCCGUUAGCUGUCAAACUGGGCACCAUCACACCUGACGGAGCUGAUGUGUACUCAUAUGAUGAAGAUGACAUGGUCCUGGACCCCAACCUGGCUGAGCACCUGUCCCACUUUGGCAUCGACAUGCUGAAGAUGCAAAAGACGGACAAGACGAUGACCGAGUUGGAGAUUGAUAUGAACCAGCAGAUUGGCGAAUGGGAGCUGAUCCAGGAGUCGAGUGUGCCACUGAAGCCCCUGUUCGGGCCCGGCUACACAGGCAUCCGAAACUUGGGUAACAGCUGCUACCUCAACUCGGUGGUCCAGGUGCUCUUCAGCAUCCCCGACUUCCAGAGGAAGUAUGUGGAAAAGCUGGAGAAGAUCUUCCAGAACGCCCCGGCAGACCCGACCCAGGACUUCAGCACCCAGGUGGCCAAGCUGGGCCAUGGCCUUCUCUCCGGAGAGUAUUCCAAGCCAGCACCGGAGUCAGGCGAUGGGGAGCAGGUGUCAGAACCAAAGGAAGUUCAGGAUGGCAUUGCCCCUCGGAUGUUCAAGGCCCUCGUUGGCAAGGGUCACCCUGAGUUCUCUACCAACCGGCAGCAGGAUGCCCAAGAGUUCUUCCUUCACCUCAUCAACAUGGUAGAAAGGAAUUGCCGGAGUUCUGAAAAUCCUAAUGAAGUGUUCCGCUUCCUGGUGGAAGAAAAGAUCAAGUGCCUGGCUACAGAGAAGGUGAAGUAUACCCAGCGAGUGGACUACAUCAUGCAGCUCCCUGUGCCCAUGGACGCAGCCCUGAACAAAGAGGAGCUUCUAGAGUACGAGGAGAAGAAGCGGCAAGCCGAAGAGGAGAAGCUGCCACUGCCAGAGCUGGUCCGGGCCCAGGUGCCCUUCAGCUCCUGCCUGGAGGCUUACGGGGCCCCCGAGCAGGUGGAUGACUUCUGGAGCACCGCUCUGCAGGCCAAGUCAGUAGCUGUCAAGACCACACGAUUUGCCUCAUUCCCUGACUACCUGGUCAUCCAGAUCAAGAAGUUCACCUUCGGCUUAGACUGGGUGCCCAAGAAACUGGAUGUGUCCAUUGAGAUGCCGGAGGAGCUGGACAUCUCCCAGCUGAGGGGUACAGGGCUGCAGCCUGGAGAGGAGGAGCUGCCUGACAUUGCCCCACCCCUGGUCACUCCGGAUGAGCCCAAAGCCCCCAUGCUGGAUGAGUCGGUCAUCAUCCAGCUGGUGGAGAUGGGCUUCCCCAUGGAUGCCUGCCGCAAAGCCGUCUACUACACGGGCAACAGCGGGGCCGAAGCCGCCAUGAACUGGGUCAUGUCGCACAUGGAUGAUCCAGAUUUUGCGAACCCCCUCAUCCUGCCUGGCUCCAGCGGGCCUGGCUCCACAAGUGCAGCUGCAGACCCCCCACCAGAGGACUGCGUGACCACCAUUGUCUCCAUGGGCUUCUCCCGGGACCAGGCCCUCAAAGCUCUGCGGGCCACGAACAAUAGUUUAGAACGGGCUGUGGACUGGAUCUUCAGUCACAUUGACGACCUAGACGCAGAAGCUGCCAUGGACAUCUCGGAGGGUCGCUCAGCUGCCGACUCCAUCUCUGAGUCUGUGCCAGUGGGACCUAAAGUCCGGGAUGGCUCUGGAAAGUAUCAGCUCUUUGCCUUCAUUAGUCACAUGGGCACCUCCACCAUGUGUGGUCACUAUGUCUGCCACAUCAAGAAGGAAGGCAGAUGGGUGAUCUACAAUGACCAGAAAGUGUGUGCCUCUGAGAAGCCGCCCAAGGACCUGGGCUACAUCUACUUCUACCAGAGAGUGGCCAGUUAAGAGCCUGCCCCGACCCCUUACCACGGAGGGCAGGGGAUAGACCACCUGGCAUGAGGGAGAGGGGCUGGGGGAUGGACUGAGCCCGCCUGCUCUGUACCCUUUUUCUUUCUGCCCCUCCCUCCCCCACAGCAGGGAAGAAGCUAGAGGCCCUAGGAGAAUGGCCAAGCAAAGUGGAGAGGCGCUCAAGAGACUUUGGGAUUAGAGCAGGAAGGGGACGGGAGGGUGGCCGCCUGUCUGUGAGGAGACUAUGUUGCUUCCCCUCCCCCUGAACCCCUGUUCCUCUGCUUCUCUAAUCCCCCCAGCUCCUGGUGUGGAGGGGGCUUGUUUGUGUGUGUGUGUGGGUGUCGCUUUGUGCAGCCUCUUCCACAGGACGGGGUGUUUCUGCUCCCCUCCCCCUUUGUUUGUUCCCUGUGUGGUCAAGCCAGGAGGGAUAUGAGGGAAAUGGGGACCCCCUCACCCUCCUGCCUCAGUCUUUCCCCCACCCUGUCUCUUUCCUGUUCUUCUCUGGAAAAUGCCAAAAUACACGAUGUGAAUAAAAGUACA